CCGGAUACGGAGCCAGAUGGUUUGUCGCAUGGCCGAUGAGCGACCUAUGUGCAAUCAUUCCAGUCGCCGCCGGCCGGACUGCGACCCUGCGUCUCCCGUCUUGGCCGCUUCCGCUAAGCUAAUCGAAGGUCCGCGCCUUCUCUUCAACCUCCUCGUUUGGCCUACCGCCCACGGCCACGAGCACGGCGCCGUCGACCACGUGCACGCUGUGACGAGCUCCUCGACGAGAAGGCCUAUGCAGGCGUCGUGCUUUGCCAUGGCGCGGGACCAAAAGCGCCGCAUGACGAGCGACCGAGUCGACCCGACGGAGCACCUCCGGCGAAUUCUGUUGACCGCCUCGCUGGCACGUCGGUCGCCUGCAUAG